AUGGUUGGUUGCUACGAUGAAGAAGAGGAACCAGUAUAUGCAUUUGCGCUAGGAGACAGGAAUGAGGAGAAAAUUGAAGUAACCGUUGGAGGUUUUAAGCUAAACAUGAUCACAGAUUCUGGAGCGAGCACUAACAUCAUUGACAAGCAAACAUGGGAGUGGUUGAAGAAAAACAAAGUGAAGGGUGAAUUGGCUCUCACGAGUAGUGCAUCUAGACACCACUGGAUGUGAUGGGAACAUUCUUCUGUAAAGUCUCUGCAGGAAGCAACACUGCUAGAGCUAAUUUUUGUGUGAUCAAUGGUGAAGGAGACCCCCUUCUAGGGAAGGAUACUGCAACUAGUCUAGGCGUACUGAAGAUAGGGAUAGGCAGUGCUGCAGUAAGUGCAGACCCAAAGACCAUCGGUGGGAUCCUGCAACAGAAGUACCCAAAUGUUUACAGCGGUGUUGAAAGACCAAGAAGUACAACUCCACAUCUACCCCAAAGUGAAGCCAGUAGCAAAGCCGAUGUGGAGGACUCUGUUCAGCAUGACAUCAAAGUUGGAAGAAAAGAUUAA